UGAGCGCUAAAGCUGCGGCUAUGCAGUGAGGUGAGGGCUGAGGACCAAUGCAAGGACCGGCUGCAUAGAAAUUCCGUCCAUCCCCUGGUCGCCCUAAGAGAGAUUCUUCCUGUCUCCCACGUUGUAGCCCCCCUUUUCCUUCCAAACAUGACUCUACUGUCAGAGGACCAGUCCGCGAGGCCCCAGCCUUGCCGAGUCCCGGAGCCCACCAAGCACAGCGGCACUACUUUGUACUCGGAUUCAACAGACUACACCGGUUCCAAGGAUGACUUAACGGAUAGCGUCGAGAACGCCGUCUUCGGGGCCAUGGAGCCCCCCAGGCGCUCGCGGGGACGCCUCGUCCUCCACAGCUUGGUCAUGUUCGGAAGGGAAUUCUGCUACGCCGUGGAGGCUGCCUUCGCUACGCCCGUGCUGCUGAGUGUCGGCCUGCCCAGCAGCUUGUACAGCCUGGUGUGGCUGAUAAGUCCCAUCCUGGGCUUCCUGCUCCAGCCUAUCAUCGGAUCGGCCAGCGACUAUUGUCGCUCGCCGUGGGGGCGGCGGAGGCCUUACAUCCUGACUCUGGGCAUCCUUAUGCUGGUGGGGCUCACCCUGUUCCUUAACGGAGAUCUUGCCAUCUCAGCGCUGGUCAGGAACAGGUCGCUGAGGUCCACGUGGGCCAUCGUCGUGGUGAUGGUCGGCGUGGUUGUGUUCGACUUUGCCGCCGACUUCAUCGAGGGGCCCAUUAAGGCCUACCUGUUUGACGUGUGCUCGUACCAAGACAAGGAACGAGGGCUGUACUACCACGCUGUGCUCACAGGUCUGGGCGGAGCAUUUGGCUACCUUGUGGGAGCGAUGGACUGGGGUCAUUCCGCACUGGGUCAGAUGCUGGGCUCGGAGUUCCAGGUCAUCUUCUUCUUUUCUGCGCUUACCUGGAGCGUCUUCCUCACCGUGCACCUCUUCAGUAUUCCCGAGCAACCGCUGGCCCCCGGCAAUGCCCACGGCCCCUCGGCUCUCAGCGCUCUUCGUCAGCUCGGGUCCCAACCCAACGGCUACGGAACGCUGUCCAAAGAAGCUCCUUCGCCUGUGGUCCCCGACAUCCGGCAGAGGUCCUUCUCUGCCCUUGGGGAGACUCCUACUGCCAAGCAGACAGACAAGGAGGCACGUGACAGGAUGACUCUUAAAUCCCUGGUGAAAACCGUAAUCAGCAUGCCAAACCACUACCGCUACCUGUGCAUCAGUCACCUGCUGGGAUGGACGGCGUUCCUCUGCAAUAUGCUUUUUUUCACCGACUUCAUGGGGCAGAUUGUCUAUAAGGGGAACCCUUAUGCUGAGCACAAUUCUACAGCCUACGCCACGUAUGAGCGAGGAGUAGAAGUGGGCUGCUGGGGUUUGUGCAUCAAUGCAGUGUCCUCCUCGUUUUUCUCAUACAUGCAGGGCUACCUGCUGCCGUACAUGGGCCUGAAGGGCCUCUACUUCACCGGCUACUUCGUGUUCGGCAUGGGCACCAGCCUGAUCGGCCUCUUCCCCAACGUCGUCACCACGCUAAUCCUAUGCAGCGUCUUCGGCUUCAUGUCCAGCACGCUGUACACCAUCCCCUUCAACCUCAUUGCCGAGUAUCAGCGCGAGGAAAAGGAGGAAAUGAAGCGGCGUGGAGGCGACGAAACUCCGCGAGGAACGGGGGUGGACUGCGCCGCGCUCACCUGCAUGGUGCAGCUGGCCCAGAUCUUGGUGGGCGUGGGCCUGGGCGCCCUGGUCAACGUGGCGGGUAGCGUGGUGGUCGUGGUGCUGUCCGCCUCCACCAUGUCUCUGCUGGGCUGCGCCUUCAUCGCGCUCUUUGUACGAUAAAAGAAUGAACGCUCCUCGCACAAAUAUUUGUAAUAUUCGUAAAUAAAGAGAGUCUUUAUUAUA